UCUUACUCCUCGCCGCUGAGAAAAGACUACGUCUUCUCAACAAAUACUCCUCCACUCCCAUCGUCCGCAGUUCAACACCCAUCUCAUUGUCAUCCUGACUUGCACACUCACAACCUCUUUCAGCUAGUGAUCCUCGGCUGAGAACCGCGUGGCUUUUAUUUUUCCCCGGUGUUCUCAUUCGUCCCUAGACUAGAUAUCGGCUCUCCAGACUUCCGCAAUCUGAAGCCUGCCAAAUUCCCGGCUCCUCACCGGAAGCCUUGAUCUGGCUGGUCUGCUAGACUCCCGGCUCCUCAGCGGAGGUCUUGUGACUCUCUGCCAGACUCCCAGCUCAUCAACGGAAGUUUGUCUAGCUUACGAAUAUUAUAUCCUUUUCCUGAGUAUCUGCUCAACUCGCCCACUCAAGCUUCCAAGCAUUCGUCCUAGCAACUCGAUUUGGCCAUGGACUCUCGACCAUCCUCUGCUGGCCAAAAUUUGGCAGCUUCUUCCUCAGUCUCCAAGUCCCUCAUGAUGUCACGUUCUGACUCAGCCAUGUCCCAGUGCCGCCCUCUAUCUCUCAAGCCUUCCCCCGUCAAGGCCGAUGGCCCUGUUGGGUCGAACGUCCCCAGAGGAUCCCCCCUAGUCAUACAAUGCAUCAACUGCUUCACUACCUCUACCUGGUUUAGCCCCUCCGAGGAUCACAUCCGGAGAGACCCCGCGGCUGAUGUCCCACCCCCUUUGUCGACCUGUAGUCGUUCCACUAGCUCUGAGCCAAGCUCAAUCAACACAGACUUCUUUCCAGAGACUGCGCUUCCCUCAUCAAACGAAUCGGCUUGCGCUAAGCGUGGCUCAACCAACCUGAGUGACAGACUUGCUACUCCGAGUGGGUCGGACGGUAGGACCCCGGUUGUUCCGCAUUUUAAGUCCCCAAUGUCAGAUUGUCAAGUAUCCCCAACUUCAAGCUGGGUCGGAGGAAAACUGGAUGGAGUCUGCUCUAGCUGUAGUUUCAAAUCCGAUCCUUCCUCCACUUCAUCCCCAGUUGCUACCGGGGCCUCAAGUUUAGCGCCGGUUCCACCCAAACUUCAUCCGUACGACUCAAACGUCGAGGCUUUGUUGCCGUCCCACGCGGUCCAAUCAUUUUCCUUGCUGUCUGGUUCGCUUGCUCCUCGAUACCGGCGGCCUGUUGCUUCCACUGCCUCGAGAGAAUCUCCCCUCGCUGAAGCAUCAAGUCCCAAAGAUUCGGAUCCCAACUCGCAACCUCCAGGAACCCUCGUUGCACAGCCGUUGAAGCUGCCCGUCGUCGUUGCCACAGACAUGCUCGAUAAAACCACCUUGAAGCUCUCCUCUCUUUCCAGAAGUAAUCACCUGGGCCUCCAUCAUGACAAUCGCAAGAACAGCCCUCUACUCCCAUCAGUAUCAAUCCCCUUCCCUCUCGAGACAAGGGGUACUUCAUGUGAACAAAACUCUUCUGUCCGCAAACCCAACUCACUCGAACCUUGGACGUUGAAUUAUUCGCCCUCGGCCAGAACUCGCGCCAAAUCACCCCGAAAACUGCUCAGAGAACCAGACCGCCAAGACAUGGCAUUAGAGUUAAAAAUCAAGGGCCAAGGGACUACUGCUCCUGACCCCGUUGAACGCUCCGAUGUGGUUCCUCACCGUGGUACUAACUUGAGGACACUUUUGCGCGAAGCCAAGAUUCCUCAAUCAGAUUCCGGCGAAUCCUUCAGUGCUAGUCGGCGGCCCCCCAUCGCAGUGGACAUGUGGCAAGCAGCGAUGAUCUCCACACCACGCGAUCGUCUACGGAAUGGCGACUUUCCCAAUUGGCAAGCUUACAACGGGACUGAUAGUCCGUUUUACCAGCACCUGUGUGGUCUCUCAGCCAGUUCAAGUUCACUAUCUGGAAAAGAAACUCUCAUCUCGACAUCUGUCACUAGCUUCCAAGAUAAUUCGCUUGGCGGUGGUUCCCGCUCAUGUUCGCCACCAUCAGAUAAACAUAAGAAUUUCGACGUGCACCGUCGUCCAAGUCUUGGGGCUAGUUCCAUAGCCGAUCCCUUUGCGGCGCAUGCCCCGGAGCGCUCACCAUCACUACUAGAUAAUAGCCACCACUUGUUACCCUCUGCCAAUGAAUCUCAAGAGGUUUUGACAGGGCCCUCAAUCACCAAAACUGCUCGACCCACACCUUCCAACGUGAGCUUGAUUGCUCGGAUCGCAAACCUUCACCAAAAUGUCAGCAAGUCAAACAAGAACAACAAACGGCGCCCUAACACUGCAACCGGCACAUCCGAAUCUACGUUUAUCGCAAAGGCCAGCCCCAAACCUGGAUCUUAUGGCCGCAGCACACCUUGUCCCAACACUGCUGGUGGCUCAUCCUCCGUGAUGCCUUCCCUCUUGAUAACUGAGACGAAGGUAGCCUCUGCUGAACCCCGAGUAUCUAACUUCAACAUGUACAAGAGGCCUGCAACCGCAACUUGCCCUGGCACAGUUCGAGAAUCUGGUUCUUCUCUGAGCAAUGAGUUUGUGAUUGGGCGUCAAUUUCCGAUUUCAAAACUUGGCACAGCCAAGAAUGCAGUAGCCUACGCACCCGGUCUCCCAAAACUUCAAGGGCGCAUUGCACGUGAUGAGCAGACCGAGUUGGCCAAGGAAUCUUUGAAAAUGGUUUUCCAGACCUCCGUGGCAAGUACAUCCCAGCAGGAACAAACGACAUUGACCGGACCUCUUGACCCGGUUCCGAUUUCGCAAAAGCUCACCCCUUCCCCAUCCACGGCCUCCGAUUUGCGCUCGUCCCCGGAAAUAUCACAAAGUGUUCCUAAUCUUCUCAUCAACCACCGGUCUUCCUCUUCCAAGCGCAAUGCCUUUUAUGCCGCAGCGCCUCUAGCGGCAACCUCCGAUCGGCUGGUAGAAGUAAACACUCAGCGAUCCCAUCCAGAAAAUCCGUUGAGGUUAGCGCCAGAGGAUUUUCACAGUAAAUCUCGUUAUUUCACCGUAUCCAUCUCCCCCCGGCCAUCCUCUACAACCUUCAGCCCAGGACAGAGAAUAUCGGUGCACGUCAAAUUAUCCAACAAAGCCAAAGUCCGGAAAUACACGUCCAUCUAUCUCAUGUUAAUCGGUACUUCUAUCUCCGACAGCGACUCGCCAGCGCCUGGUGCCCAUGACUUCUUGCGUCACAACUACAUGAUCCAUCCUAACCCUUCCGAGGACGUCCAAACGAUAUCCCACUCAGGUGACCUGUGCGAAUGGCAUAUUGAGCUGACCAUACCUGGAUAUGCUAAUUGCUCUUGUCAACCUGGCCCGCUACCCCUUCCAAGCACUGGCAACCAUGCUUCGGGUGAUGUGUCGUACUCUUUACAGCUGAAUGCUGAUCGAAAACAGAUCCUCUCGAACCAAGAAUCGUUGGGUGUUAGGCUACAUGUAAUCACACAGGCUGAGGCGCGUUACCAAGUUACAACCCAGCCGUUCAGAACGCAAUCGCGCAAGGGACGUAUUCCGUUUGCUGGCGGUUAUCUAGGUGCUAUCGAGGACCUCUCGCUUUCUCACCAGGUGUAUUAUCAAUCGGCCGAUAGAUUGAGAGUUGGGUACCAGUUUGAGCUGCGGCUCAGCUCCAACUCAUUCUUGCCGCCUUCGAUCGCUGAGGAUGUAUCGAGGGCAACCAAAGUUGAAGUCCACCAUCUGAUCAAGGACCACUCCAAACAGUACGAACUAAAGUUCACAGACCACAGAUCAAAAGUUGUGGUUAUUCCUUCAGAUGACCGAGGUCGUCUGACCAAGUGGAUCGUCAAAGGGUUUUUGGAGCUCAAGUCAGUAAACCAGCAGAUGAAAGCUAUGAAAACAACCAGCGAAAGUACCCCACGCACCCCACGAAGACUGGAAACGGCGGCGGGGGCGCGAAGUAUGCUAUCUUCAUCGCAUGGAAGCCUGAGCCCGACGAGGGCCGGCAUGAAUCACUCGCUCCAACAGGAAUCCGAAAGACAGGCCAAGCUCACCAGUAGCCAGCUGUUCCUCACUGCAAGCAUCGAGCAUUGUCCCGGGGUUUUCACGACCCCCUUCGAGGUCUCUAGCUUGGUCGGCUCGGAACUCUUGUCUCCUUGUCCCCUCCGAAAACUGGGCGACGAGAUGAUGAAGAGAGCCGUGAUGGCGGAAAAGAUGAAGAAGGUCCAAGAAGAAAACUCUAAAAAUGGUAGAUAGUCGUCUGUCAGCGUCCAUGUGGGUUUGUGUUUCUUGGUUUCACUAUCUCGUACCCUUGUUGCCUGCACAGUGAUCAAUCACCCAUGGAUCGCCAUGCGUAGAAGAUAUAGCAGCUCAGAGGUUUGCUGAAUCCGUCAUCGAAGUUUCAACAAGAAACUUGCAAAUUGUUUUGAGCACGUGGCUUCCAUACAUCGUAGCCCCGUCAUUCCUGAAUCUUUCCCGUAUCUGAACUUUCAAUCUCCCCUCGUUAUGUCUCUUUUUUAUUCUAUCAUUUUUUUUCAGAACUCACGAUCGAUCCUUCUGUCUUCAAGUUCCUGUAUCAUGUCUCAUCUGUAGUCUUUUCCUUUUUUUUUUCUUUGGCAUGGGCUGACCCCCCCCCCCCCACACACACAGAAUCGCCGUCCCCCGACUUUCUC